AUGGCAGCUCACGUUGUCUUUGCUGGUAUGGACGGCUAUCGCAUGUUUGCAAGUGUUGCAAGGUUUCCGCCUGAUGGGACAGUCCUUCCGAGCGAUGUGUUUGCCACCUACUUGUCAGUCCUAUCUCAGGUCAAGGGGGACAAGUGGAACUGCCCGGCCGGCUCAAGGUUCUACAUCGGAACAGACGGCAGUCCCAUACCCGGCACGUGCAAAAUAUGCGUUGACGGCAGUGUCUCGCUGGCACCUGCUUCCGUAAGACUUGAAGGGAAGAUAAAGCCGGAGGCUGGCAUGAAGCUUGUGCUGGUGCGGCACUCCUCUCCGAAUUCGCUGAAAGCUGUCGGCAUCCCGCUCAUCACGAAGGCUGCAAAGUCCGGAGACGAUGCAUGCUUGAAUGACUCUGAUUGCUUGGGCAUUACAAAAUCAACUCAGCAGCACAGCACUACCUACAAGGAGUUGCCCUUGGAGCUCAGCUAUCAGAGCAAGCGAGUAUUUACCUUCGAUAAUGGCAGUGUGCAAACCGACGGAGGAGAGAAGUUAGCCGUGCCAAAAAACCAAUUUUUCGCAGGUGUUGGGCCGAUACUCUUGGAGCCGGGGCAAAAGGUUUGGUGGGAUCACCCCGAGAGGUCGCAACUCUUUGAGAUGGACAAGAAUGGCAUGCUCGUCCCCGCACAUGCACCUCUGCUGACCAUCGGCCUCGACCGCGACGUGGAGUACAUGUUUGAACCGCCUAAUCCGUAUGAAGCGUGCAUGACGUGCGAAGAAGUCGCCACGCACCUGGCCGACAAGCUCUGGUGCCAGGGCGCCUCCCGUGUAAGUUCCCUUCCGGGCUACAUGAUCUCGCAUGUGGCUGGAGAAAGGACUGUUGAGGUCCACAAAUGCCCCAACAUGGCCGCUUGUCCGGGGAGCCACCUCAGCGUUACGGCGGAGGGCCGGACGUCCUCUCGCAGCCGACUCUGCGCGAAAGGCUAUGAGCCAAACCCUGGCUGCACGUGCUGCGCCCCCGGCUAUGGCCGGCCCCAGCUGGACCCUUUCACAUGCCAGGACUGUGGCGGGCAGUCCUUGGGCCGACAGGUGGGCAUAGCCGCUCUCCCCAACUUCAUCUUCUACGGCAUGGCGUUGAACUCUGCAAAGCCGCGCAGUCACACGCAGCAGAUCGUCAAGGUUCUCCUCUCCUUCGUCACGAUUUCUGCCAGAAGUCUUUCCGCUGUGCGCCACACACGGCUUUAUCAUCAGCUACUGAGAGACAUCUCUGCCUCCGCACAAUGGCUUUAUGGGUUUCUCUUUGCGGCGAACUUCGUAGUGCAUGCCGAGCCGGGGUCUGGCGUCAGGUCCUUUGACUGUUGGGGCCUGGUGGACGGCUCCGUGAACGUGUUCUACAGCAUCACCCUUUCGUGGGCCAUCCCAGCGAUGUUGCUGUUGCUUUCCUGGAGCUGGUUCGGUUUGCGUUCUUGGCGACUUUGCUUGGUCGUUUGGGGCAAUGUCUUCAUUCCCCCGCUCACGGGCGCUGCAGCUACGCUCGUACCCUGCUUCAGCACCCGCGAAGACGGGCGUCGAGUCCUGAUGUACGAGGCGGCGUUCGAAACGCAUUGCGCUUCCAAGUUGAUCGAAUCCAUAGUGCUCCCGAGAUUUUGGCUUCUAGUGGGGACAACAAUGCUGCUUGCAGUCAUCGGUCCCGUCUUGUGGCUGUCGCUUGCCAUGCCCACUUCCCAGCGCAGAAAAGCAUCGACGGCGAUCAGACCGUCAGUUUUCUCGUGGCGGGCUACGAGCCCCGGUAUCGCUGGUGGGAAGUCACCGUGCUGGCCCGGAAAUCUGCCAUCUAUGUGA